AUGUCAUUCUCAAUCGAGCCCCCUUAUUGUCUGCUCUGCCAGUUCUCCCUCAAAGAAAGGGACGAAGUCACCGCCUAUGUUGCUUGGAUCAAAGGCCAGAUGCAUCCCAUAACCUUCCCUCUCGCCAUCAAUAAAUAUUCUAACCCUGACGACUUCCCAUCCCAAUCUCGAAUCGCGGCAGCAGAAAGGCACCAGUACCGAUACCAUCUCUGCAACUCUAUCGUAGACUGCAACGACUGGGCCCACUACUACACCAUCCACGCCGUGCACGCUGAAUGCGAGCGUCUCUAUCCUUCCAUCGCGCAUGACCUACUCCGCGCGCCCAUCCCCGUGGCCCUGGAGGGCAGCAUGGAUCGCCCCAUCUCGGAAGACCGUCGUCGGUUCGAGCGCACGUGGCGGCUGCUUGUGCCAAGGCUGAGAGAUGCGCUCCAGGCGAGGCUGCCGAAUGAGAUACUGGCUAAGAUCGCGAAAUAUCUUGUUCGGGAACGGAUUUCGAGUCUUCUCUCUUGUCAGGUUGACCUGAAGAAGGACAUAUACGCGGGGUAUUGCGUUGUGGAUGGCGUUCGGUAUGUUGCGCAACUCACGAACGCUCCGCUAAUGAAGGAGUGGAUGCCUCAUCAGCUUGUCUUGGACUCUCGGAAGGAAAGCCCACCUGAUAAAGUCAUUGUCGCAAAAGACUACUUUGGGGUGAGGUUUGUCCGCUUUGUCCGAGAAGGGACCUCUCAGCCGCCGCUCGGCGACAUUCCCGGCGCGUGGUGGACGGAGGUUUGGUUGGAACCAGACAGUACUGCUCUGGAGUUGACAACAGAUCGCCAGUCAACCGCGAUAGCGCCCCCCCCCCCCCCAAGCAAACAAACCGCGAUCACCGUCGUCCCCCACUGGGCAGCCCCUGACCACCCCAACGAGCUCUUCAUCCUCGACGAGUUCAAGAUCAUGGAGCGCUUGUCCCACACCUGCCUCUUGAUUCCCGGCAGGGGCCACGACUUGGAGCUCUUUCUGGACUAUUUCGACUGCAACGCCCCGGGGACGCGAGGAUACUCCGUCGCUGUGCAUGGCCCGGGACUGGGGAUGCUCAGUAUACAUGCUCAUCGGGGCGAGCUGAGUGAGAGCGAGAUGCAUGAUAUCUACCAGCGGCAUACCUGCGUCGAGCCCGUGUUUUGGAUCUACAUGCCGCUUGAUGAACGGGAGUAUAUGACUGAGAUUGCGGUGCAGCGAAUGGGCCCGUUGCCUUCGGCCGAGGAGCCGAAUCCAGCGGCGGCGAAUGCUAGGCUGGCGGUAGGUUCCCUUCGCUCUUCGUCUGGCCUCAUCAGAGGCGAUUUCUCAAUAGCAGUCAUAGAGGUUCAUCACCAACCGCUCCCGCAUCCUCAUCUUCGGCGGGCCCUCCAUCAACACCGCAAACCCCCCACCCACCCCUGGCACCCCGUCCUCCACACAAUCCUCACCCCCAGUCCCACGGGCUCCCGCAUCUGGUACAGCACGCCCGCCUCCACCGAACUCUUCUACGCCCAACCCCAAGGAAAGACCUACCAAGGCCACAUCCGGCACGUCUCCAUCGAUCUUGCGAGUGGCGGCUCCAUGGCCAAGCCAAAUACCGCCCUCCCCUACCGGCUGUGCCCCAUAGAGUUUAUAAGUACCAUUGACGCGCCCGAUCUGGUGGAAGACUAUGGCAGGGAGUUUGGGCCGGAUUUUCUUCGGCGGAGGGCAACGACGGAGGGGUUAAGAGAGGUUGUUUUGUGUCGGGAUGGGACCGUGGAACACAGGCCGGUGUUGGGCAUGCUACUAGUGUAUCACACCCACAACACCGACGACGGGCAUAUGACAGAACACCGUGAUUGCGUAGGUCAAUUCCGCUUCGACCUCACGCUCGAGAAACUCCCCAUCCCCGAGGGAACAUCUCUUUGGAUAUUAGACGCCAUCUACCGGGAUAGGGAGCGCAGGCGGGGGGAAUUCGGGUGGCGCGAGAAGGAUGGGGUUUGGGUUGAGAUUGAGUGGGGAGAGACGCUGGAGUGGUGGGUGUCGAGGUGGCAUGCGUUUGUGCAAGUUAAGGGGACGGGGUUGGUGUUGAGGUAUUGGAGGGAGGAGGGGGAGGGGCAAGAUGGGGAUGUGAGUGAGAUUAGAAGUGAGAGUGACGAGCACGGUUCAGAGGAGGAGUUGCAGGACUGGGGAUGGGAAGAGCAGAAUCCAGGAGGGGGAGAGGAGGGGUGA